UCUCACCCAGGCUGAGAGUAGCUGCCGUUUCUGAGAGGACGAUUCGUAAGGAGGCCCCUGGUGCGGUUUCCCUUUGCUCUUCCCUCUGCGGGCCCUGGCCGUACUUCAGCGGUGUCUAGAGCGUGGUCCGUUCUCGUCUACCUGCCUGCCUUUCUGCAGAGGUAACUGUGGUUGGCCCAGUAGUCGGCUGUCGAAAGUGCCGGCCCCGGCGCCGGCGCCGGCUGCAGCCGGGUGGGAAGGCUCAAGAUGGCGUGCCUGUUGGAGACCCCAAUCCGCAUGAGCGUCCUUUCGGAAGUAACAGCUAGCAGUCGCCACUAUGUUGACAGGCUAUUUGACCCUGAUCCCCAGAAAGUUCUACAAGGUGUCAUAGACAUGAAAAAUGCUGUAAUUGGAAACAACAAGCAGAAAGCCAACCUCAUUGUUCUAGGAGCUGUUCCAAGAUUAUUGUACUUGCUUCAGCAAGAAACCUCAAGCACAGAGUUGAAAACUGAAUGUGCAGUGGUAUUGGGAAGUCUUGCUAUGGGUACUGAAAACAAUGUUAAGUCUCUACUCGAUUGCCAUAUUAUCCCUGCCUUACUGCAAGGACUACUGUCCCCAGACCUGAAGUUCAUUGAAGCUUGCCUCCGAUGCCUGCGCACCAUCUUCACCAGUCCCGUUACUCCAGAGGAACUACUGUAUACAGAUGCCACAGUGAUACCGCAUCUCAUGGCGCUGCUUAGCAGGUCCCGCUAUACCCAGGAGUACAUCUGUCAGAUCUUCUCACACUGCUGUAAAGGUCCAGAUCAUCAAACAAUUUUAUUUAAUCAUGGUGCAGUUCAGAAUAUUGCUCACCUACUAACCUCAGUAUCUUACAAAGUUCGAAUGCAGGCACUGAAAUGCUUCUCAGUUUUAGCUUUUGAAAACCCCCAGGUAUCGAUGACCCUGGUAAAUGUUUUGGUUGAUGGAGAAUUGUUACCACAAAUUUUUGUGAAGAUGUUACAGAGGGAUAAGCCCAUUGAAAUGCAGCUCACAUCAGCAAAAUGUUUAACUUACAUGUGUAGAGCUGGAGCAAUUCGGACAGAUGACAACUGUAUUGUAUUAAAGACAUUGCCUUGUUUGGUUCGAAUGUGCAGUAAGGAGAGGUUACUAGAGGAGAGAGUUGAAGGAGCUGAGACACUCGCCUAUCUGAUUGAACCAGAUGUUGAGCUACAGAGAAUUGCUAGCAUUACUGAUCACCUCAUUGCCAUGCUUGCUGAUUAUUUCAAGUAUCCCAGCUCUGUGAGUGCCAUCACUGAUAUUAAAAGGCUUGAUCAUGACUUAAAGCAUGCUCACGAACUUCGCCAGGCUGCAUUCAAGCUCUAUGCCUCUCUCGGAGCAAAUGAUGAAGACAUCCGGAAGAAGAUCAUUGAGACUGAAAAUAUGAUGGACCGAAUUGUGACUGGCUUGUCUGAGUCUAGUGUCAAGGUGCGGUUAGCUGCCGUCAGAUGUUUGCACAGUUUAUCUAGAUCUGUGCAGCAGCUUCGAACCAGUUUCCAGGAUCACGCCGUGUGGAAACCUUUAAUGAAGGUUUUACAGAAUGCACCAGAUGAAAUCCUAGUAGUAGCGUCUUCCAUGUUAUGUAACCUUCUUCUUGAAUUUUCUCCAAGCAAAGAGCCAAUUUUAGAAUCGGGAGCUGUAGAGCUACUUUGUGGAUUAACCCAAAGUGAAAAUCCUGCUUUACGAGUGAAUGGAAUUUGGGCUUUAAUGAAUAUGGCAUUUCAGGCUGAACAAAAAAUAAAAGCAGAUAUUUUACGAAGCUUGAGUACUGAACAGCUAUUCCGGUUAUUAUCAGAUUCAGAUUUGAAUGUGCUGAUGAAGACAUUGGGCCUUCUUAGAAAUCUCCUCUCUACUCGCCCACACAUAGAUAAAAUAAUGAGUACUCAUGGAAAGCAAAUUAUGCAAGCUGUCACCCUUAUUUUGGAAGGGGAACAUAACAUUGAGGUCAAAGAGCAGACACUGUGCAUCCUAGCCAACAUAGCAGAUGGGACAACGGCAAAAGAACUUAUUAUGACCAAUGAUGACAUCCUGCAGAAAAUCAAGUAUUACAUGGGUCAUUCACAUGUCAAAUUGCAGCUUGCUGCUAUGUUUUGUAUAUCAAACCUCAUAUGGAAUGAAGAGGAAGGCUCACAAGAACGCCAGGAUAAAUUACGAGACAUGGGCAUCGUAGAUAUUCUGCACAAACUGAGUCAGUCACCAGAUUCAAAUCUUUGUGACAAGGCAAAGAUGGCACUGCAGCAGUACCUGGCGUGAUGGGAACGCCCUGGGCGCCUGCGAGCAUCCCACAUCCUUGUUAAAGGAAGUACAGGAACUAGCCUCAUUUGAUUCCUUCUAUUUGCACAAGUCACCUUGGACUGCAGGGAGCUGUUUUGCAAAAGCAAUUUGGUAGGCUUAGAUCUCAAAUUCACCUUGAGAACAUUUUUUUGAGGUAGUAAUUUCCUCAGAGGACUAUUGUGUUUUGUUUUGUUUCUUUCUGAGCUACCUGGACUCUUUAUUAGAACAAUCAAUUAUUUUCCUUUGGACCUACAAUUUUUUGCCUAUGCUGCAGCCACUUUGUGAGUGAGAAUGGCUGUGUGUGUGUGUGUGUGUGUGUGUGUGUGUGCGCGCGCGCGUGCAUGUGGGUCAGGAUGAAUGGACGUGUGUGUGUGAGGGAUACCUCAAAGUUUUCUUUUCUUAUUUUGUGUGAAAAUCUCUUUUCUACAGAUUUUCCAGGGUUUAAGCAUUGCUUGCUGUAUAAAAAUCUUUACUGAAUUAUAUACAGUUUGAAUGAAAUGUUAUUUUAAAAACAAAACGAUUGUUAAGUGUUCCAUAAAGGUUAUGUUGAAUUUUGGUCAGAUGAAUAUUUGUAAGUAAAAAAUAUAUGCAUUUCUGAACCUCAA